GCGCCAGAUCGCCAGGAACCCCGAGCAGCAACGCCGCCGCUUCCAUUGUUCUAUCGCAAGGCAGAGGGAGGGAACAACAACGCUCAGCCGCAGAUCUCCCGGCUUCUUAUUGGAAUCCUGAUGGUUCUUUUGUAUCGGUACCUGGGGUUGGCUCUUCCCCAGAUCAGCAGUGCGACAAAUAAACGAUAUUUCAGCCUCAGCAGUGUGUGCAGUUACAUCCAGAAGAUGACUCGUGUGCGAGUGGUUGAUAACAGCACCUUGGGAAACACACCAUAUCGCCGACCUCCAAAAUGUAUCCACGUCUACACUAAAAAUGGUGUGGGCAAAGUGGGUGACCAAAUCCUUCUGGCUAUCAAAGGGGAAAAGAAAAAGGCAUUAAUUGUCGGGUGCAAGUUUCCUGGGCCUCGCAUGACUCCUCGGUUUGAUUCUAACAACGUGGUGCUCAUUGAAGAUAAUGGGAACCCAGUUGGAACACGAAUCAAAGUUCCCGUGCCUUCUCUGCUGAGGAAGAAAAAAGAAUUCUCCAAAGUGUUGGCCAUUGCCUCCAACUUUCUCUGACAAGCAAGGGGCGUUGUGUGACAAGCAAAGGGACGUUGUGGGACAGGCUCUUGAGCUGCAUUUCUCUUUUCCUUCCCAGAAUUGAGGAAGAAGAAUUUGAAAAAAGUGGGAUGUGUGUGUGUGAAGGCUUUGUAUCUGUAUAGAAAUUAAAAACUUUUUCCUAAGACAUCUUUGGGGAAAGACGCUUUCCAUUCUUUUUUCUAGCUUAAUUAAAGAUAGAGGGUUAAUAACUUUUGUUUUGAUUGAUUUAUGCUUUUGAAAGAGGUAGUACAGGAGAAAGCAAAGGACUGGAAAUGUGAGAGGACCAUUCAAAGGGUCAACAGAUUUGGGCAGCUGUUGUUCUCUAUUAAUCUCCAGUCAUUUUUGUGGGUUUUUUCUUUCGCAGUUUUAUUCUGUUAAAACAUUCUAUAUUUGCAUUGUCCACAUUCCAACCAGGAAUAACUUUUAAAAUAAAUUCCAGCAUUGUUUUGUGUUAUUGAUAAAGACAAAUAAAAAGGAACUAGCACAUAAAAGAAUGUCAUAAACGAUAUUACUAUUCCUGUUUCUCUCUCUUCCUGGCUUUCUUAGAAAAUACCUUACUUUACUCUUAUUAUGAGGUUCCUCACUAUGAUAUUUUUUUCUGUCAUGUUAUAAUUUCUUCCUUUGCAUUUUUAAUAUUUGUCUUCCCUCUUUGUUUUACAGAUAUUUUCUAUGUUCUGAACUAAAUAUCCAUGAUUUGGAAUUUCACUAACAGAUGUGGAGAAUACAGGUCACCUAUUUAUCAAUGGGUUAAACAUUAUUUGCUUUUUUCAGUGUUGGGAAUAAUGUAUUUUUAAUUUAUUUGUAAGAUUUCUAUCUUACCUUUCCUCCAGGAGCUCAUGGUAGCAAACAUAGCAUGUCCUCCUCCCAUUUCCCCCCACAACAACAGUCUUGUGAGAUAGGUUGGGCGGAGAGUGAGCGUGUCACUUGAAAUCCCUCAGUGAAUUGCUAUGGCUGAGGGGGGAACUGAAGCUGGCUCUCCCAGAUACAAGUGCAGGGCUUUUACCCCAACACCACCCUGUCAUUUAUGGGUGGCAGUUUAAAUAAAUACAGUGUAAGAAAGAGCAUGUUGUGUGCAUUGCAGUGUUGCUUCCCCCAGACUGGUGCUCUACAGAUAUGUUGUGCUGCUACCCUAUGAUAACCAUUAUGCAGGGUGCUGGUUUGGGGUGAUGGGAAUUGUAGUCCACUUGGGAGGUGCUGGAUUGCAGAAGGCUUCUGUGAUGCCAUUUCAAAAUUAAAUCCUGGUACCGUGUCAAUCUUUCUGGCCUUCAUAAGUUAUGAGACCUUAGGAUAUUCAGGUUCCCCAUCUUCCAUCAGGGUGGUUUCCUGUUGCUCAGUCCUGUGUCUUUCUGUGCAGUCCUUGACAAAUAAACCCCAGUUCUGUAUUGAUAAUUCUGUAUUGGCCCUGGAUAAAUUAGGGACAGUGAAUAAAUCCAAGUACAGUAUACAGAUCUCGUGAGUGAGAAUGUUGUCUCUGUGUUGUUGAUGAAUGACUUCUAGGAGAUACCGCUGUGCAAAGCCUUGAUUCCGCAUUCUGUUUUACUUUGAUGCAGAAAGUACAGUAUAGACAAAAUAAUCACGGCAAAUAAUCUGGAUUCCCACAGCAUGGAAGUGUACUUAAUGCUUUGCCAUUCUGCCUGCUGACUGCCGUUCCUAUAUCAAGUAUACUUUCUUAAGAAAGCUUUGAAAUAGUGAACAUUUAAAUCCUUGGUUGUUCCCCAGUAAUAUUCAGGCUCUGUGUAGCUCCUCCAAAGGAUGUAAGGUCUGAAAUGGUAGAAAAAAUGUAAGGUAGUGGGAAAAAUAUGUAGGAGGUGCAGUAUUUAGCAUUUUAAAAGCAAAGUUAACAUGUAAGAAAUGAGAGUGAAAAUCCUUAGUUGGUUUAGUCUGUGGGGAGCAUUGAGGUUUUUUUUUUCUCAUUGUGCCAUCUUGUGGCAAUCCUUGUGCAUGUGCUGCUGGCUUGAUUUCAGGGAUUUUAUUUGUUGAGAAAAGUUCCUCAGUAUUGAAUAUAUGUAAAGUGUUUUUAUUCCCCUCUAUUAACAGUGAAUACUUAAACAAGCAAUUGUCUGAAAGGAACAAGGACAAAAAUCACAGAGUUCCCUUUUACUUAGGUGAUCAAAUUGGUACCAUUGCUGGUGGCUGUUGUAUUUGCUCCAGUAAAGUUAAUUGUCUCUUUUCAAGUCAGUUGCAAUAGUUCUCUGGAAUUAUUACAUAUCUUAAACAUAUUGUAAAGGAAUAUAGAGCAGACCUUGGGGAAGAUAUGAAUGAGCCAUUUAGGAAGGAUUUAUAAAAAAGAUUGCACAGCUCAGAGUUUGAAGGAAGCCUGAGAAAGAAAGUCAAAAUAAUCCCUCCCUGGGUUCCUAUACUGUAGUCUCAGAAGGGACAAAGGGAAACUUGGACAGGCUUUCAAGAUACUGUUAUUACACCCCAUAACAAUAGCAUCCCUGGAAUCUCUAUGGUGUCUGUUUCUUGACCUGGCCUACCUUAAAGGGCUGACUUCAAUUUUGAAACUCAUGUAUGUUCACUGCUCCUCUUACUAGUACAUGCCUUCCAGUUAUAAGCUGUACUAUGCAAAGAGAUUGUACAACUGUGCUCAGAAUCUAAUUAUGGGAUGGAAGCUGGGCCAUGUGCUAUAAACUGCAGUACAAUAGACUGCAGAGGAGAAAUCUGCCUACCUCCAGGUUUGAUUGUUAAUGUUUUAGUAACUACUAAAUAUCUUGAUUCUCUCUGUCUCUUGUCAGUGAAUUGUAUAAUUCUGAUUUAAGCUGCAGCUUUCAUGUUCAAGCUUUGGCUGGUUCAUUUUCUGCUGAUUCAGAGCAGAAAUUUAUGUUAAAAUACAUAGUUUAGCUCAACGUUACCUCUAAGCUGAAAAUCUUUUAGCCCAAAAGAUUCUGAAUUCUGCUGCCCUUUAAAAAAUGCCUGUAAAACCAAUAGCUCCAGCUGAAGCUGGAGUUCUUCACCCAGUGACUUGGUAGUCAGUUCCACUGAACUUGGCAGUGCUUCUUUCUGAGGAGAUGUACAUGGGAUUUUGCAAUUUAAUUUAGGGAUAUCACAAUGUAUUGUGUCUAGGUAAACAUCAGGGCUACUGUUCUAAAGGUGAAAGACUGACAAGAAGGACUCCUGGUGAAUUGUAUCCAUGCAAUUUUCUUGAUAGUGUUAUGCAUGUGGCUUGUCUUUGCCUUGUUUUGGGAUUUUAUUCUGGGAUUUUCCAAGUCUAACCAACAAUGCUAGAAUUCCCAGGUGGUUCCUCAUCCCCUGACCAGGGCUGAACUUGUUUAGCUUCUGAGAUCAGCCAAGGAUGACUCAGUGGCUCCAGUUGUUGAGGCAUACCAUCAUGUAGUGUCUGUGCUCAUUCAUAAGGAACUUUGACUUCUCAU